AUGACUGAGGCCUCCAUGUUGAAGCAGGAAGUGAAGGGCGGUGGUUUGAGAACAGAGCAGCACUGGACUAGCAGCCGAGACAAGGGUUGUAAACAGAAAAAAAAAAUCAAAAUGUCGAGCAAAAGAGCAAAGGGAAAGACCACGAAGAAGCGCCCUCAGCGCGCUACUUCAAAUGUGUUUGCUAUGUUUGAUCAGUCACAAAUUCAGGAAUUCAAAGAGGCAUUUAACAUGAUUGACCAGAACCGGGACGGGUUUGUCGACAAAGAGGACCUUCACGACAUGCUUGCGUCUCUUGGAAAGAACCCAACAGAUGACUACCUAGAAGCCAUGAUGAUGGAAGCUCCAGGGCCCAUUAACUUCACUAUGUUCCUCACAAUGUUUGGAGAGAAGCUCAACGGAACAGACCCAGAGGACGUCAUCAGGAACGCCUUUGCUUGCUUCGAUGAAGAGGGAUCGGGGUUCAUCCAGGAGGAUUACCUCCGAGAGCUGCUCACGACCAUGGGUGACCGGUUCACAGACGAAGAGGUGGAUGAGCUUUUCAGAGAAGCCCCCAUCGAUAAGAAGAGCAACUUCAACUAUGUGGAAGUCACUUUCAGACAGCAAGCCCCUUGUCAGGACGUUUUGGAGACCUUCCACGUGAUACUGGUACCUAAACGGAAGGCAUGGCUCUGA